AUGGUCAAACCUCAACCCAUCUUGCAUCCACGAAGGAUACUGGCCGUGUCAUUGGAAGACUCAACGGAGCACCUCAGCCGGGUCAUCAAAGAACUUACUGGCAACAGCCCUGAGCCCGCCUCAGCAUCAACCUCGCUUGCAGGCACAACCCACGACCUCGACCUGCAAACAGCUUACUACACAGCCACAGUGCCCAUAUGGCUGGAUCUCAUCACGACUGCGUCCGAGUGGGCCGCGUCUUUUCUCUCCCCCGAAGCCAAAGAAGUCCUUGAGGUGCUGGGCGGCGUGGUCGUUGUGUUUCCUGUCUCAUCCUCCACCUCGGCCUCACAGCACAAGGACCUGAUCAGGGAGGUCGGAAGGGUCGUCAAGGAGGGACUUGGCGGGUGGGAAUGGGACGGUGUGGGUCUUGGCAUCGGCAUCGGUGAAGUCCCCCAUCUCGACGACUUGGACAUGUGGGAUGAGGUCUGUGGAGAUGCCGGGCUUGAGUUUGUGCACGUUGGCUCAUCCGCCACGUCAGACGAUGCAAAAAAUGAGUUUGGUGAGAAAAUGGGCAUUCCUCGCGUGCUCGAGGCUCUCGAGUCCAAUGACUGGGAUUCAUUUGCGACAGCAGAUGAAGAUGGCGACAUGGCGGCACUGGGAGACGAGAUGGUUCGAGGUGCAGGCGAUGAGGAUAGUAUCGAGCUAGAUCCAGAGAACCUGGAUUUCGGCUUUGACAGGGAAGACUUUGAGGGCCUCAAAAAGGCCAUCUGGGAGGCUCGCAUAGAGCGCGAGGGCGAUGAUGGGGAUCGCCAAGCCACAGAUGGGAAGCCAAGCGAUCCCAAAGCAGCAUCAAAUCAGACCGGAAACCCCGAUGAAGGCGGCGACGAGCUAGGAGAUGAAGACAUCCAGAAAGUUGAGCAGAUGAUGCGCAAAUUACAGGCCGUCAAGGACAUGAGUGCUGGUCUGCCAGAGGACCAGAAGAAGAGGAUGGCUGCCAGGGCAGUGGGCGAGGUUAUGAAAGAAUUUUGA